CUUUCCUCGCUCUCUCUAUGAUUUCCCUCUCUCUUUCUCCUCGAUCUAUAUAAACCCUCCCACCCUUCAUUGCUUUCGCUUGCAUCCUUUCUUUCUCUCAUGUAUAGAUCAACCAUCAGAUUUCAAUGAGCAACGUGCCCACAUCUCUCUGCGACUCCUCCCUCACCCUCUUCACCCUCCAAAUCUCAGCAUCGGAUCCCUGGCCCUUCUCCUUCUUCCAUCUCUAACACGGACCUUCUCUCUGUGUUCUGUUGUCCUCGUCCUUAAUUUUGUCUAAUCACAGGAAGAGUUGAAUCUCUUUCCGCUUUCUUGAUUGAUGGGUGUGGAGUCUGUGGAGAGAAACAUGCCAAGCUUCCAUCUGCAUUUGCCCCACCUUCACCACCACGGCCAUGGGAGGAAGGUGGCGGAGGCGCUGUGCAAGGACGUGCCCAAGGGCUGCUUCGCGAUUUUGGUAGGCCAAGGGGCGGAGCAACAGAGGUUCGUGGUGCCUAUUAUCUACCUGAACCACCCGUUGUUCGUGCAGCUGUUGAAGGAGGCGGAGGACGAGUAUGGGUUCGACCAGAAGGGCACCAUCAACAUCCCUUGCCAUGUCGCCCAGUUCCAGUACGUCCAGGGGCUCAUCGACAAGGAGAAGCAGCACAGCUCCCACCAUGUUGGUUGUUUCAGGGCCUGAUCAUUGAUUCGAUUGGUCGUGUCUUUUGAUGGUGACGAUAAUUUCUUUCUGAUUGUACGUGUUCAUAUGCGUCCUCCGUCGUUGUAAUUAAGCUAUGAGAAAGAACAGCUUUAGCUAGCGUUUGUGAGAUCUGAUGUUAAGAGUGGGAAAGAGAGGGAGAGAUUGAUGUGAAUUAGUUCCUGUAAAGAAAAAAGAAAAUAGAUGUGAAUUAGAAGAUUCUUUUCUUUUAACUAUUCUUGUUUCUACUCUUUCUUUGUUCAUCGAUGAUGUAUCUAGGUGUGUAAACUACGAUUUAACUGGCAGUUAAUAGAUUAAAGGAGCAAGAAUGUGAUGGUCUCU